AAGGAGAAGUACAAAUGUCUACCACAAGAAGAAAACGUAGUAUGUUAUGUUGUUUACCGUAAGCUGUAGUAAAAUGAGCUCAAUUGUUGACAGAGAUGAUGGUAGUAUUUUUGAUGGGUUGGUGGAAGAAGAUGACAAAGACAAAGCAAAAAGAGUAUCUAGAAACAAAUCUGAAAAGAAGCGUAGAGAUCAGUUUAAUGUUCUCAUUAAAGAACUGGGAUCCAUGCUACCUGGUAAUGCUAGAAAGAUGGACAAAUCUACUGUUCUGCAGAAGAGCAUUGAUUUUUUACGAAGACAUAAAGAAAUCACCGCACAGUCAGAUGCUAGUGAAAUCCGACAGGACUGGAAACCUACAUUCCUUAGUAAUGAAGAGUUUACACAAUUAAUGUUAGAGGCUCUUGAUGGUUUUUUUUUAGCAAUCAUGACAGAUGGAAGCAUAAUAUAUGUGUCUGAGAGUGUAACUUCAUUACUUGAACAUUUACCAUCUGAUCUUGUGGAUCAAAGUAUAUUUAACUUUAUCCCAGAGGGGGAGCAUUCAGAGGUUUAUAAAACACUUUCUACCCAUCUGCUGGAAAGUGAUUCAUUAACUCCAGAAUAUUUAAAAUCAAAAAAUCAAUUAGAAUUCUCUUGUCAUAUGCUUCGAGGAACAAUUGACCCAAAGGAACCAUCUACUUAUGAGUAUGUGAAAUUUAUAGGAAACUUUAAAUCUUUAAACAGUGUAUCCACUUCAGCACAUAAUGGUUUUGAAGGAACUAUACAACGCACACACAGGCCUUCUUAUGAAGAUAGAGUCUGCUUUGUAGCUACUGUCCGCUUAGCUACACCUCAGUUCAUUAAGGAAAUGUGCACUGUUGAAGAACCUAAUGAAGAGUUUACAUCAAGACAUAGUUUAGAAUGGAAGUUUUUAUUUCUAGAUCACAGGGCACCACCAAUAAUAGGAUACUUGCCAUUUGAAGUUCUGGGAACAUCAGGCUAUGAUUACUAUCAUGUGGACGAUCUAGAAAAUUUGGCCAAAUGUCAUGAGCACUUGAUGCAAUAUGGGAAAGGCAAAUCAUGUUAUUAUAGGUUCCUGACCAAAGGACAACAAUGGAUUUGGCUUCAGACUCAUUAUUAUAUCACUUACCAUCAGUGGAAUUCAAGACCAGAGUUUAUUGUUUGUACACACACUGUAGUAAGUUAUGCUGAAGUUAGGGCUGAAAGACGACGAGAACUUGGCAUUGAGGAGUCUCUUCCGGAGACAGCUGCUGACAAAAGCCAAGAUUCUGGGUCUGAUAACCGUAUAAAUACAGUCAGUCUUAAGGAAGCUUUGGAAAGGUUUGAUCACAGCCCAACCCCUUCUGCCUCUUCUCGGAGUUCAAGAAAAUCAUCUCACACAGCAGUCUCAGACCCUUCCUCAACACCAACAAAGAUCCCAACAGAUACUAGCACUCCCCCGAGACAACAUUUAUCAACUCAUGAGAAGAUGGCACAAAGGAGAUCAUCAUUUAGUAGUCAGUCCAUAAAUUCCCAGUCUGUUGGUCAGUCAUUAACACAGCCAGUGAUGUCUCAAGCCGCACAUUUCCCAAUUCCACAAGGCAUGUCCCAGUUUCAGUUUUCAGCUCAGUUAGGAGCCAUGCAGCAUCUGAAAGACCAGUUGGAGCAACGAACGCGGAUGAUAGAAGCAAAUAUUCACCGACAACAAGAAGAACUAAGAAAAAUUCAAGAACAGCUUCAAAUGGUUCAUGGUCAAGGACUGCAGAUGUUUUUACAGCAGUCAACUCCUGGAUUGAAUUUUGGUUCUUUUCAUCUUUCUUCUGGAAAUUCAUCUAAUAUCCAGCCACUUGGAUCUAUAAAUAUGCAAGGCCAGGUUGUUCAAACUAACCAGAUUCAAAGUGGAAUGAAUUCUGGACACAUUGGCACAAAUCAGCACAUGAUACAACAGCAGACUUUACAGAGUACACCAAGUCAGCAAAGUCCACAGACCGUCCUGAGCGGGCACAGUCAGCAAUCAUCUCUUCCCAGUCAAACGCAGAGCACACUGACUACUCCACUGUAUAACACUAUGGUGAUUUCUCAGCCAGCAACCAGCAACAUGGUCCAGAUGCCAUCAAGCGUGCCACAGAACAGUGUCCAGAGUGCAGCUGUGGCGACUUUCACUCAGGAUAGACAGAUCAGAUUUUCCCAAGGUCAACAGCUUGUGACUAAGUUAGUAACUGCCCCUGUGGCCUGUGGGGCAGUCAUGGUCCCGAGCACAAUGCUCAUGGGUCAGGUGGUGACCACCUACCCAUUUGCUCCUCAGCAGCAGCAACAGCAACAGCAACAACAGCAACAGCAACAGCAACAGCAACAGCAACAGCAGCAGAGUUCCCAAGAGCAGCAGCUCCCUGCUGUUCAGCAGCCCUCCCAGGCUCAGCUGACCCAGGCAUCACAGCAGUUUUUACAGACUUCUAGGUUACUCCAUGGAAAUCCUUCAGCUCAGCUUAUACUCUCUGCUGCAUUUCCACUACAACAGAGCACUUUCCCACAGUCACAUCACCAGCAACAUCAGUCUCAGCAACAGCAGCAGCUGGCUCGGCACAGGACUGACAGUUUGACUGAUCCUUCCAAGGUUCCACCACAGUAAUGUACACACCACCUCUCUGACCUCAAGGAAGGAAGGAAGGGAUUGACCCAUAAAGAGUUGCUCAGAUGAUCUGAAGAGAGGACAAGUUCCAGCACUUGCUGAGAUGCAGUAUAGAGUGUUCUAUUUUCUGGAAUCACUUAACAGGGAAAAUGCUGCCUAGUGCUAACGGUGUACAUUAAUACCAGCCUCUGGAGGGAAUCAUAGGGCCAUAGCCAAUUUUGACAGUGUUUUACUUGCCCAGAUACUUUUUGAUGGAAAAAAAAAAAAAGAGUAUAUUGCCAAAUGUUUAGCUCAGCUAUGAAACAUGACCUCCAGUGAAUCAGAAAGGCACUGACAAUGUUAGUUGACUUAGUGGUUCUGUGCCUAUUUUCCAGUGUUACAGAGGACACACCACUGCCAUGUCAGGGGUUUGCUCACAGUGAUGCCAUGCAGACAGUCCAGUAGACUCAGUAGGUUCCCUCCCCUACCCCAACCCCUGUUCAGAUAAUGAUGGAAUAGUGAUUAGUUCGAGAAUGUUGUGAGUUCCAAUUCUCUAUGUACAGAUGCUGUAAAAAUAAUAUGUAUAUGUCUGGAUAAAAGGAGAGAAAGCAAAACUUUUGUAUGCUGCAUGAAAGCAUUAUCUCCUUAUAGGUAUGAGUAUAUUUCCUUAGAGUCUGAUACCAUGUGCAAAAUGAAAACAUCCUCCAUUUCCUUUUGUUUACAACAGAUAUAGUGUUCUAUUCACUUUCCGGGGCACAAGUCUUUUUUUGUUCAUACUUUGGCUGUGAUGUCACAGUUUGUUCUGUGAGGUAUGAUGUGCUGCUGGGAAUGAUUUUUUUUUUUUCAGGUUAAAUUAUUGAAACAACAGGAUUUCCAAGAUAUUCAGAAAUAUCCCUCAUUACUUUGUUUUUCAAUUAUGUUUGAAAAUAGGAUUUGCACUGCUUUGUUUUUGUUUUGUUUUUUAGAGGGUGGGAGUUUUGAUUGCAUAUUUUAGUACAGUUCAUAGUUGGAAAUAGUUAUGUAAAUGGUUUUCAACAAGACUGAAAGUAAUUUCAAGAAUGUUAUAAGAGUAAAUUUGCACACAAAACAUUUUUGGCACUUUUUAACAUUCUCACUGGUGGGAAUUUUAACUUUUAAGAUUUGUUGGAAUCUUUUUAUUAUCCUUCACAAUUUCAAUGCUUCUUUUAGUCAGAAAUGAUUCAGGGUUAGAGAGGAAAAAAACCCAUAGUGCCUUGAUUUUGAUUCAGGUGACACUUCACCAUCUUGAAUUCACUGUCUGGAUUCAGUAGCAGUUUCGAAAUGUUAGUACAUUUUUCACAGCAUCUGGGUGUCAGUGCCAUUAUUAUUCUCCUAAGUUCUAUGAAGACUGCUCUGAGUCUCUUGGACUGGAGGUACAAAUAGGUUAGAAAUAAAAGACGACACCCCAACACUAUAUUAAAGAGAUUGCAGAGUUGCUUUCCUAAGUCUGCAUCUUUCAUGAAAAGCUAAAUAUUUGUUAAAGAAUUAUCAGUGAAUAUUUGUUCCGUAUCAUCUUGUUCCUACAGAAGACAUGAAAGGGGUCAGGAACUUUCACUCAUAACACUAGAAUAUUGUAGUCUUGUGCUUUCUAAACAUGAAUUAAGAUUUCAUUUCCUAUUCUAAAGGUGUACUCAAGGCCAACAGAAAUUGCUGACAUUAAAACAAGCAUUUCAUAGGUCUUGUGGUACUAAUAAAUAUAAUUUUAUAGAAAAUGGAAAAAUAGCUUUUGGAAUAUCAGAAAAUACUACUUAAUAAAGGGAAAACAACAAACUAAACUAAUUAAUAACUCAGAAUUGAGCCUAACUAAAUGUAGACCAGAUUUGGGGUUGUUCAGCAGAAAAGGCUUUUAGCAUUGAAAAGAACUAUAUACCAGAGUCCACGGAAAUCUCAGUCAGUGCUUAAGACUUUUCUGACCUCAGCUUUGUUGUCACCAUCAUCAUACUUUGUCUUUCCGUAGAAAACUACCCAGCCACUAUUAACUUAGAAAUGUUGAAAAAUAAAACUACCAAAGAAAGUUGGUACCUACCCUUCUACAAAAGAAGUGUCAUUAGAUACCAGACAUUUAUUAACUUAUCAAGAAGCACCUCUUCUAAUUAUGUGACCAAGAGAGAUUGCUGGAUUCCUCCUGAAGCUAUCAAGGCAGAUAUGUGAGCAUACAACCCAGACAGAACUAUUAGGGAAUACAGCAACAGUAUUCAGUUCUUCCCUUUCCAAUGGCCUUUCUUUCCUGCCUAAUCAUGCCAUUCCAGUUCUGUGACUUGUGCCUCAUUAAUUUAUUGCUGAUGUCUUGCAAUAAGGAUUUAGAUGACAAGAUAUUACAAGUUAUCAUUUUGAGGUUAUCCUCUAAAUGCAAGUACUUAGAGAAAACCAACAAAAGGAAAGCAUAAUCAGACAGGCCACAGGAGAAUUAUCUGACUUCUGUUCAUGGUCUCCAACAGUCCCUUUAAGUAUUUUCAGUCCCGACAAAUAUCUAGUCAAAUCUAAUGGCCAAAUUUUUGUUUGAUUAUUGUGUUCUUGACUUCCUUUUUCCUUGCAUUUUUCCACCCCCACCUGUUUAGGCUUGAUUACUGAAUUCCAAGGAGCAGUUUACACUUUUCCUAUCCUGUCACUCAUAGGUGUGCUAAGAGAGCUAAUAAAUAAGAGCUAAGUAAUAAUGUAAGAACUGAAUAAGUAUCAUCUGCCUUGUAGCUCCUUGUUUUCCUUCUGCUUCUCAAAUGUAACCAUUGCAAAGCUGGCCUUGUCCUGCCCUGCCCUUGGCCCAAGGAACUGAAACAGGAGCAUACUGAAGAUUCUGCCGUUGUCUGUACUUCAUUCCUUUCUGUAGCCAGUUUUCAUUAAAAUCCCAAAAAUUAAGUAAUGGAGAAGAGGAAACUUUUCAGCUACUUCAGAAAAAAAAUCUUAUCUUCCCUCAACUUCCAUUGAUGAGAUAGAAUCAAUUUUUUUUAAAGCAAAAAAUUCUGUGUAGCACUGUAAGAGCAGUACCUGUUGCAGAAAAGAAAAAAUGUUCACUUCUUUUUGCAGUUCUCUUGCUUUUGACAGCUGUGGCUUGUUCUGAGGACUGUUUUUAACAAAAGCCAACAAGAAGAUGAGGGUUGCUAAAGACAGCUGUUUAGAGUGGUAUAAAAUUAGAAUCUGUAUGCUUAAAAGUUCUUCAGGUUUUUUGGUGAAAAAUCUUGGGAGUAAAGCAAAUACAGGCAUGGAGGUAACCUGUAAGUAAAUAGUACAUUUCAAUCUCCCAAGUGUUGUCUUAGGUGAAGGAAUCAUUUGUAUCCCCAAGUUCUGCUCUGUCAUAUCUGGCACUUAGAAAUGUGCUAGUGUGGAUAUCUCGGUGACCAAGCACCAUGUUUAGACUCUCAGUGCUGGCUUGAUCUCUUCAGAGGUGCUCUAGUUGGUUGUUGCCUUAAGCAAUUGCUUGCUGACAGUGAGAGCAAAUAAUCAUGCACCCUGCCCCUUUCUAAAGCAGCUGUGCACAACCUGUCCCUCCUAGUUUCCUUUCUGUGAUCGCAUCCUACCAGUUAACCCUCUCAUCUCAAGCCGUAGACUCCUCCCCAUUUAUGCAAUUUUCACCCUGUGCCCCCCUUGGAAUGCUAAGGGGGCCAUUUGGUCCCUGGCUAAGAAAUGCUGCUCUAAAGGCCAUUGUUUGUCACAAGGAAAUGAGGCCGUGUUCAGAAAGCCUUAGAAAGAGGGCCCUUUUAAGUAGCACUCUGUUCAUCCAGCCCUCUACAGGGGAAAUUAGUUUCAACCGGGUAUCACCCAACUUUCUUUGGUUAUAUUUAAGAUAGGCAUUAGAUUUGUUUUCUUUCUUUUUUUUUUUUUUUUUUUUUUUGGUGGUGCCAGGAACUGAACCCAGGGUUCACAUGUGCUUUACCGCUGAGGUAGCCAUAGCCCUGUCUACCAAUUAUUUUUUAAAAGGUUUCCACUAUAUUGAAGACAGCUGUUUUAAGGUGGAAAUUAAGUAGCAUCUUACUGUAUAGUGGCUUGCUUCUUUUUUCUGUUUCUUUGGCGAUUAAAAGUCUGCUGAUGUAAAUCUGUGCAAAAUUCACUCAAGUCUAUGACCUUUUUAGUAUCUGAGGCCCUGUUCUUUAGUCCCUCAGGAGUCAAUGUUGGAAGGUAGAAACACUGGAUAUUACUAUUACUGAGUGGAUCUAAUCAAGAGUAAGUUGAACAGAGUUUUUAAGUUGUAGAAAAGAAAUAGCACAAGGGCAUAUGCCCUCUGAAUAGUAAUCAGAAAUAAGAACCUUUUAAGUUUGUUUAAGUUGGGUGAACAUUCUUCUAAAAGGAGCUUCUAGAGUAAUUGCAAAGGAAGAGUUGACUAUUUUUAUAGUGUAUUUAAUAUAUUUGUAUAUAUCUAUGAAUAUUAUAUAGUAGGAACCCUCCCAUGCCUCCCUCUUUUCUAAUGUACUCCCCCCCCCUUUGCCAUAGCACUAGUAUCGUCCCAUCCGCAUGGGUACCGUGCCUACCGCCAGCCUACCAUGAGAUAGUGCUGCUGCUCUGAGACAGGUGAGAUGCCCCGACUCUCAUGCCUGGGGAUCCUUUAUACAGGAAUAGCACACAACUUCACACAACACACAACAGUCCAAACGCAUCCUUUCAAAUGAAAUAAGCACUUUAUUGCAACUAUCCAUUUUGAUAAAGUUUGUCUUAGGCAUUACCGUUUCUAAAGGAUCCCCCAAAUCAUCACAUAGGUGAAAUUUUAAAUUAACACAUUUCUGAGAAAUGUUUAGAUCCAGUGAACCAUAGUAGGUUUAUGGGAAUGAUUUCAAGGUAGCCAAAUAACUGACUUUUGUUUUGAAUGUGGUGGUCAAGAGACUAGUUGCCUCGUUUCAUUUAGACAUCAUUGUAAACCUUUCUUGCCUAUUGUUUGUGUGGACACCCAAAGAGACCAAUGAGCCUAUUUGUUUUCAGAGGUCUAGGAAAAUUGCAUCAAUGUGAAUAGAUGUCUAGAGCUGACCUAAAAGUGAAUGGUAGUAAAAUGUUAGAAUAUAAUAACUUCAAGAAUUAUUCUGAGUGUUUGAAAUGUGUUCUGAAAUGUUGGCAUGUCAUUUCAGUGUUUCCAUUUGAAUUGCUCUUGUAAUGUUUUUGCACAAGAAAAGAUUAGAAAAAAUACUGCUUUGGUUUAAGAAAAAAAUGUAAUUUGGUCUGUUUCAAUGUCUCCUGUAUAAACACUGGGGAUGAGUUUUGUUGAAAGCUCUUAAGUAUUUGAAAACCACUCACAAAAAGUUAAGCAAAGGUGAAUCAUUAAAAACUUUCGUUUUGCACAUUUUCCCCAUGUCAUGAUUUCACACUACAUUCCUUGUAUUUCUUAAAUUAUAUUCUACAGAUUGUGAGUAUUUAACAAUACUCUGUAAGCUGCCUGGGUUUUCCUAGGGAAAUGUUCUUAGUGAAAUAUAGGAUCUAGUUUAGGAAGAAAUUACGAAGUGAAUUCCAUCAUCACCACCAGCAAACACUGAGGGUGCUUGCACUUUGUGACAAUCAAAAUAGUAUUUAUGAAAGAAUUUAAAACGUGGUUUUAAAGAAGCACUUGCUUUGAAAGCAUUUCUCUGGGUUUCUUGAAUAAAAAUGGCUAAAUGUA